AUAGCAGUAAAGCUGUAGUCAACAAUGGCCAAAGAAACAUUCCCCAUAGAACUAAUAGUAGAAAUUCUGUCAUGGCUUCCCGUGAAGCCUUUGAUCCGAUUCAGGUGUGUUUCCAAGACUUGGAAAUCCCUAAUCUCCCAUCCAAUCAUGGUUAAAUUGCACCUCCAAAGGUCGUCCAAAAACCCCCACGUCCUAUUAACAUUUGAGGACAACAACAGGAACAACGAUAACUGUUAUUCCUUCGCUGCAACCUGCUCUAUACGUCGUUUACUUGAGAAUCCAUCAUCCACUGUUGACGAUGGUUGCUACCAAUUCAACGACAAGAAUCACUUUGUCGUUGGUGUCUGUAAUGGCUUGGUUUGCUUGCUUAAUUCUCUUGAUAGGGAUGACUAUGAGGAAUACUGGGUCCGAUUUUGGAACCCGGCCACAAGGACUAUGUCCGAAGAUUCGCCACGCUUAAGUCUCCAUUGGCGCAAAUAUAAAACUGGGCGGAAUGAUUGGGUCUGUGGGUAUCCAAGGUGUGGGUUUGGCUACGACGGUUUAAGUGACACUUACAAGGUGGUGAUAAUCCUUUCGAAUGUUAAACUACAGAGAACAGAAGUGAGAGUUCACAGCGUGGGUGAUACUCGUUGGAGAAAGACUUUAACUUGUCCUGUUUUCCCGUUUAUGGAACAACUUGAUGGAAAGUUUGUGGGUGGCACUGUUAACUGGUUAGCACUCCAUAUGUCGAGUUCUUAUUAUCGAUGGGAAGAUGUUAAUGUUAAUGAGAUUGUGAUUUUUUCGUAUGAUCUAAAGACCCAGACAUACAAAUAUUUGUUGUUGCCUGAUGGUCUUGCAAGAGGUUGCUUGGGGUGACACAAUCCACCACUAUUAUAUCGAAAUAUGAUGGCUUCUGUUAACUUUCAUAUAACACGGCAAUCACUUCCAAGAUAUCUUAUUUAAGAUGAGACUUGAAGACAAUGCCAAACAGAGACACAGACAGAUCUGAAGGGAGCAAACACGGCCCGAGU